AUGAAAUUCAUCAUUUCUGCUGCUGCCUCUCUUGUGGCAGUCAUCGCCUCUGCCACGCCUCUUGAGGUCCGCCAGUCGAACCAAGUCACCGUGGCUCUAUCCAAUGACCAAUCUGGAGCCUAUGCUGGCGUGACAAUCCAAGCUGAUGGCACUGAUAAGAGCAUCUUCUCCCUCUUUGGUGGCACUUCUGUUGGGGCAGGUGGUACUGUCAAGGCAACCGCUGCACAACUCACCAACUUUGCGCAAUCCAUCAAUUGUGUCAUCACGAACAAUGGCGCUACCAUUGGUACCUUGACUGCCCAACAAACCUAUCUGGAUCUUGAUGGAAGCUCCCAUGCAGCUAUUCCAGUCAAUCUCAACGAUGCUCGGAUUCACUGCCGUAUUUGA